CGGCCCGACCAGCGCGAGUUAGCCGCCAGCGCUCUUGCUACGCGCGCACCGCACCGCCGCUCUCUUCACGUUUUGUGGGUCAUGUUCGUAGGUGUUCGUCUGUACUCGCAACGCUUCAAGCCGGACCGCGUUCAGCCGUCGACAGCGUCUUGAGAGGACGCGAGAUUGCAGUGCGUUUCUUUUUCUCUUCACUCGUUUCGUUCUCUUCUCGUUCGUGCCGACUGCGCCUUGUGUUUUUGCUCGGUCCGCGCCAGUAAGUCCCUCGUUCACCCUCCAGCGCGUGCCAGUGUGUCUGUGUGUGUGUGUGUGUUUUGUAUCAGCACCUGUUCCUACCUGACCGGCUUGUUCUGCUGUUCUCUUCGGUGUCCAUCGCGAGCCGCACUUGUGUAGAGCUGUUCUGCCUCGAACGUGCCUUUCGACAUGGAUUACGGGUUCCUCACUCUGAUCCUGGUGGCGUGCAUCGCUCCGCAAGGCAUCUCGGGUGCCUACCACGGCAAGCCUAUCGGCCCAGUCACCACGCUCGCCCACGGCUUUAGUGGCAACGUGUUCGCUGCCAGCGAUAAUAGCAUCGUCAUCACGAACCUCAACUACGAUGGCAAUGGUCCCGCGGCCUACUUCUGGGGCAGCUUCGGCCCUGAACUGGACGACAAAGGAGAACAGCUGCCCGACGAGAACGGAAGCAUGAACGUCCUCAAGGGCUACCACAAUGCGCAGGUGCUGCUGAAGCUCCCUAAGAAGAUCACUGAAUACAAGUCUAUUGGGAUGUACUGCAAGAAGUUUUCGGCCGACUUCGGCCACGUCAAGAUUCCGGCAGACUACGAGCUGCCCAAGCAGCAGAGCCUGGGCAAGCUCUACCCCAAGCAGCAGAGUACCAUGGCUGCCGAGGUUAUUCUGAAGGACAGCGCUACCAUGAUGCUCAGGCAAUUCGAGUACGGAGGAAAUUGUCCAGGGUCUGCCUUCUUCGUGGCCGGUCCCAGUGCAAACCCUCCGGUAGAGCAGCUGACCCACCUGAUGUACGACGACGGAAAGACCGGCAAGCUGGAGCGCUAUGACAGGAAGGACGUGAUGGUCAAGCUGCCCCUCGGCCACCACUGGAACGAGUACAGGUGGUUCUCGGUGUACUGUAUGGACACGAAGCAGAGUUAUGCCGACAUCGGCAUCGACAUGGCUAUGGCAGAGAAGCUGCCCCUGUACGACCCCAGCUCGGCCGGUCCCCCUUCAUCGUCAGGCUCGCUCCUUGGUCCAUUCUCGGCGCUGUCUACGCUUAGUAUGAGCGUGGCCAUGCUGCUGGCAGCUAUCGUACUCCUGCGAUGAAAUGGGACCGAUCAUCGCAUGAAAAUUUGCUGAUGGUGGCUGCUUUCUUUCAGUAAGGUGCCAGUGCACCAUGGCCGUGUUCGCGCAAGCAACCAAGAAUCAAGUGCGGUGGAGUGAUGGACCCAGUUGAUGUCAAAUCCUUGGCAGCGUGCAUACAAGAUGGACUUUGGUGGUGCUAUCGUGUCCGUGCUGUCGCGAAUAAAAGCUCUCCUGUAGAGCCUAUUUUUA